ACCUGAUACAUAUAUCUAACUGGCUUUCAACAGUCAUAUUUCCUUCGGGCAGCCAUUUUCCACGUUCUAGAUCCGAACAAUAUUGGGCCCAUACCAUACUUUGACCUCACAAAAAUAAAUUGCGUCAGCCAUUUCGUCAUGCAUCUGACAGUAUUGGAAAUUUAGAAUUACGAGGGACCAUACUGUAUGAUUCCCCCUCGAUGGAUAAUACUAUGUGAUCCCCCCUCGAUGGACCAUACUGUAUGAUCCCCCCUCGAUGGACCAUACUGUAUGACUCCCCUUCGAUGUCAGGAGUAUAGAGCAGACCACUCCCCACACAGUCGGCCUCAGAGAGCUUCAACGUCGUGCGAAAAGAACAUCAACAAGCCCAAGCAAUGAAGGAAGCGAUCGUGCUGUAUCCAUCGCCGGCCAUCGGCCACCUAAUCUCCAUGGUGGAGCUCGGCAAGCUCCUCCUCACCCACCGCCCUUCCCUCUCCAUCCACAUCCUCAUCACCAACCAAGCUUAUGAAGCCGGCCCCACCACCGCCUACAUCGCCUCCGUCUCCGCCGCCGUCCCUUCCAUCGCCUUCCACUUCUCCCCUGCCACCACCCUCCCCGGACUUCUCCACCACCUCCCCCACCACGAGACCCUCGGCUUCGAGCUCCUCCGCCUCAACAACCCCAACGUCCACCGCACACUCACCUCUAUCUCCACAGACCACGUCGUUCACGGCCUCGUCAUCGACUUCUUCUGCGCCGCCGCCGUCACCGUCGCGCGCGAGUUCAACAUCCCCUGCUACUAUUUCUUCACUUCGGGCGCCUGUUUCCUCAAUUUCUUCCUUCACCUACCAACUCUUCACGACAAGUUCGCCAUAAGCGUUAAAGACUUUGACGCCCCCAUAGAUGUCCCCGGUACACCGCCGAUACGGCCCUCCGAUGUUGCGAAGCCGUUGCAGGAUCGCUAUGACGAUUGCUACAAGGAAUUCUUGGAUUCGUCCCUGAAGAUGCAGACCUCGGCCGGAAUCUUAGUCAACACCUUCGAGAAGCUCGAGCCAAGAACCAUAGGAGCCAUCAGGGACGGCGAGUGUGUGCCCGGCGGGCCCACUCCGCCGCUUUACUGCAUCGGGCCGCUGAUCUCUAGCAUGGGAGGCGACGACGGCAGAUCACCAGAGUCUCUGACGUGGCUGGACUCGCAGUCGAGAGGGAGCGUCGUGUUCCUGUGUUUCGGGAGCUUGGGCGUGUUCUCGGUGGAACAGCUGAAGGAAAUAGCGACGGGGCUGGAGAGGAGCGGUCAGCGGUUCUUGUGGGUGGUCCGGAGCCCGACAAAGGGCAAGAACCAAAAGGCCGCCACUUCAGAGAUGCCCGACCUGGACUUGGGGUCGCUGCUUCCGGAGGGCUUUCUGGAACGUACCAAAGAGAGGGGGCUCGUGGUCAAGAAAUGGGCCCCGCAGGUGGCGGUGCUGAGCCACCCGUCGGUGAGCGGGUUCGUGACUCACUGCGGGUGGAACUCGGUGCUGGAGGCGGUGUGCGCUGGCGUGCCGAUGCUGGCGUGGCCGCUUUACGCGGAGCAGGGGCACAACAGGGUGCAGCUGGUGCAGGAGACGAAAAUGCUGCCGGUGGACGAGUCAGAGGACGGGUGGGUGAGUUCGGAGGAGGUGGAGAAGCGAGUCAGAGAGUUGAUGGAGAGUGAAGAGGGCAAGAUGGUGAGAGAACGAGUGCUGGUCAUGAAGGAAGAAGCAAAGGCCGCGCUAAGCCCCGGGGGGUCGUCUCGGUCGGCGCUGGCCGGACUCGUCGAUUCGUGGAAGCGCGAGUGAAACGCGCCGGACUUUGUGGGUCGUCUUCGACGUUUUGGUCUUUUGCAGUAUUUAAUGGGGGCGAAACUGACGUACAACGAACACAGUCGCACGUGCUUGAUCUGUCUCUUCUAAAUUAAUAAAUGUCCACAGGAGGGACGAGCAAUGUCUGAAUCUUUUCUUGAAUUGUAGUUGUAUCUCCACUUUCGGGUGGUCGUUUUGCAGGCCAAAACUGUACCCUUGUGGAGAAAAACUUAGCCUCAACGGAAAUCGUCUCAUUCGACUCUAA